CUUCGUUGUCUACUUUUGGUCGUCUGGAAAAUCCCCAAAUGAACUGAUCGGUAUGAGAAACCCUAAAUUUUCCUGAAGUUUUCGAUCUUCCGAUAAUCGUAUCGGGAUUUCGGAUUCGGAUUCGGAAUCUGUGCUUCCGAAUCUCUUGGUUGUAUUUUAGGGUUUUCUCCAGUCGUCGUCGUUUGAUUUCGUGUGAAACAUGGAUGGGAACAAAGACGAUGCGUUGAAGUGCCUGAAAAUCGGCAAGGAUGCGAUGGAGGCAGGAGAUCGAGCUCGGGCUUUGAAAUUCUUGAUGAAAGCUGGACGUCUUGAUCCGAGUCUCCCGAUCGACGAUCUCGUUUCGGAGCUUAAAAAGCAAUCUGACGAUCCAACGGCGGAGAGUUCGCCUGGAUCUGCCGCCAAUGGCUCUGCAAAAGCGUCGGAUCGGCCUUCUCUGCGGCAACGUGGACCAGCGGCCUCGGCGGCUGCUGGGUCGCCGGCGUCGGCGUCGGCGUCGGCGUCGGCGUCGGCGUCGGCGUCGGCGUCUUACACCGAAGAACAGAUCGCGAUAGUGAGACAAAUUAAGUCGAAGAAGGACUAUUACGAGAUUUUAGGGGUAGAGAAGAGUUGUUCAGUGGAAGAUGUGAGGAAGGCUUAUCGGAAACUCUCCUUGAAGGUUCAUCCCGACAAGAACAAGGCCCCUGGUUCCGAAGAAGCGUUCAAAGCUGUAUCGAAGGCGUUUCAGUGCCUAAGCAAUGAGGACACUCGGAAAAAGUAUGAUAUUAGUGGCCCCGAUGAACCCGUUUAUCAAUCUCGCCGAGCCGCGAGAAGAGACGGGUUCAAUGGCUAUUACGACAAUGAAUUCGACGCGGACGAGAUUUUCCGAAGCUUCUUCUUCGGUGGAAUGCCUCCUGCGACUGCCCAAUUCCGUACAUUCAAUUUCGGCGGCGGAAUGGCAGGGCCCAGCACACGUGAUUGCAUGGAUCAAUGCAAGCAACGUGACAUCGUUUGGGUAAACUCCGUCUAA